UUUGUUUUCUUUACAACAUCGUACAGAACAGCUAAAUUCCCACCGUGGGUUUUAGGCGGGUUUAGAAUGCUGUGAUCCUAGCUCCAUUUCACAGCAAUAUCUCUUUUUGACUCAGCGUCCACAAUCUCAAAAUGACAGAGAAAAGAGUCUCAGCACUGGACAUGCCAGAUGUCCCAAAAGGACAGCUACCCGCUCAUCUCGAAUUGCAAAGAACCAGAGUUGUUUGCGCUACAGAUGCUCCAUCCUAUACAGAGGGCAUCCAGUACUCUGGAGCAUAUGCAUCUUUUGGGGUUGAUAACAGUUUACGCCUUGGCGAUUUUUGCAAGAACUUAAAAGUUGAAGUUAAGACUUUAAAUGAGGAGGAGAUUGAGUUUGACAUUGUUGGCAUUGACGCUUCCUUGGCAAAUGCCUUUCGGCGUAUUCUUAUUGCAGAGGUGCCAACUAUGGCUAUAGAAACGGUUCUUAUUGCCAAUAACACAUCUGUUAUUCAAGAUGAAGUCUUGGCUCACAGGCUAGGCCUCAUACCUAUUAAAGCAGAUCCAAGGCGAUUUGAAUACAGAGCAGAAGGUGAUCCUGCCAAUGAGAAGAAUACAAUUGUUUUCAAGCUAGAUGUUACCUGUAAAAAGCAAGCUGGUAAUGUUGUCAAUUCAACAGUAAAGUCAGAACAGCUGAAUUGGCUACCCAAAGGAAGUGAAUUUGAAAAGCCUUCUACAGACUCAUCUUUGAAGGCAAAAACUUAUACAUCCUUCAACUGUAGUCAAGAUUCCCUUCCAGAAUUUUCCUACAAUUCAAUUGGUUCAAAAUAUCCAGAUAUAAUAAUUUCAAAGCUGCGGCCAGGUCAGAUGUACCUAGGGCUUGCAACCGACCUUGUGUUCUCGAGAAACGCCACAAUUGUGAGCAUUAAGAGUAUUGAACUUGAAGCUCAUGCUGUGAAAGGAAUUGGAAAAACUCAUGCCAAGUGGUCCCCUGUUGCAACUGCAAGAUAUAGAAUGCUUCCUGAGGUUGUUUUGCUGGAAGAGGUUUAUGGUGACCUUGCAGAAGAACUUGUUCAGAAGUGUCCUGUGAAUGUUUUUGAUAUUGAAGAUUUUGGAAAAGGUAAAAAGAAGGCAAAGGUUGUAUAUCCAAGAAAUUGUACAUUAUGCCGUGAAUGUAUUCGUGGUGAUGGGUGGGAUAGGCGAGUACAGAUACGCCGUGUAAAAGAGCACUUUAUAUUUUCUGUUGAGUCCACUGGGGCAUUGCCACCUGAGGUGCUUUUCAUUGAAGCUGUGAAGAUUCUCGAGGAGAAGUGUGAGCGGAUAUUGACUGAGCUCUCAUAAUUUCAAAAUUGCACGUCAAUGUAUUUAUUUCAUGAAUCAACUGCUUAAUGAUUUUUAGUUUGUAAACAAGUUUGGGUGUUUGAAUUUGAGGUAGCCAAAGAGGCAGAUUGAGUGGCUGUAAUAUGUACCUUUGACCACUUUGUAGACAUCAAUAUGCCUGCUUUUGAAAUUGAGACUAUCUAUAUAUUAUUUUGGACCCAAAAAAAAGGUAUUGAGGGAGUAGGAUACUGAGCAUCUUGAACUGAUAUUUCUUUAUAGCAAGCUUCUUAAUGUCAUUAGAUGUUUGUGAUUGGCAAUGGACUAUUUUUUGCCACAGUUGUGUGAGGGUAUAUGUGCAAGAGUAUACAUUCUUUUCUAAAUCUUGUACUAUUCAAUUGGAUUUUGAAUAGUCCUUUGUGUAGUUGGUUGUAUAAAAUACAGCGAAUAUUGUUGAUUAUAAGAUUAUCAGUUUAUUAUGGCAGGUAUGAAAUACAAAGAUGUUUAAUCUUCCGGAUC